CAUAAUUCUACAAUUAAAAUCAGUUCACAUUUAUUUCUUUUAGUUUCUCAGAAACCAAACAGCUAACACCACAAGAUAAUUCUAACUGAUCAUUUUAAAACAAACCCAUAUUUCAAUUACCUGCAAAUGAAAUGAAUUAACGAAAAUUUUCUACAAUCUUAUGAAUUUCAUUACAAAAAUCAAAUCACAAUUAAAUUUAGAAAAAACAAAUCUCAAUUUUCUAUUACUGCCUCUGCUUAUCUUCAUGUUCUGUUGCCCCAAUCGUGGGUUGCAACAACAACGCCGUAACUGGGUUCUCCACCGCAGAUUUCCGAGCCGGUGGCGCCGCCUAGGCCUGCUUCAGCUUGACCAACAACUCCACCACCACCCUGUCGUCCGUCAUCGCCGCCAUCACCCACUCGUCCUUCACCGCCAUUAUCAUACCCACAAAAACCCAGCCUAGAAAACCCAGAAAAUCCAGAAAACAGAGAAUCACCCAGGUGGCAUAGCUUAAAGUGAGAGAACCCAGAUCGAGUUCUUACUAAGAGAACCUGUGGGUUCUUCUUCAGAACCCAAUCUGGGUUCUUGGUAAGAACCUGAUCUGGGUUUUCUCGGGUUCUUUGGGUUCUCCUGGAGAACCCAGAUCGGGUUCUUAUGGAGAAACCAAAUCUAGGUUCUCCAAGAGAACGUGGGGAAAAAAAAAAAAAGAGGAAGAAGGAAAGAGAAAAUCCCCAAAACCCAGGCCUGUUUCUCCGCGGAUUUGAAUUGAGUGUGGUAGGGAUUCAGCAGAGAAUAAGCCAAGGAUAUGCCA